AUGAUUCCCCCUGAUACGGUUGAACAACUCAUUCGAGUCAUUGCCAACAAUUUCGUCACUGAUCGAAACUCUCCAGAAGCGAUGACCGUGGGAAUCAACGCGAUCCGAGAGAUUCUCUCGAAUUGUCCAUUCGCAGCGACUGAGGAGUUAUUGAGAGAUUUAUCCGAGUAUAAAACAUACAAAAAUAAGAAUGUAUCAAUGGCGGCUCGCUCAUUGAUUACUCUCUUUAGAGCAGUGAAUCCAAAGUUGCUCGCGAGAAGAGAUCGUGGAAAACCACAAGAAAAAGAUGAUGAGGAGAAGGAAUAUAAUGGAUUCGCACGACCGAAAGUUCAUGAUUUCAUUUCGGGAGCCGAGAUUCUCGAUGAAGAUGAUGAUGGUGGAGAGCAGGGGCAUUUGAGUGAUAAUGAGGAGGAGGAGAGUGAUUUAGAUGUGUCUGAUAUUGAUACGGAUGAAGUUGAUACGGAAGAGGAAGAGGAGGAUGAUGAUGAGGGAGCGCCGGUGGCUAAGAAGAGAAAGGUCGAACAGAAACCAGCUGCCAAUGACGAUGAAGAAGACGACGAUGAGAGUGAUGUUGACGAUGAAGAAGAAGACGUGGAUGACGAAGAAUUAGAAGACGUUGACGAUGAAGAAGAAGACGUCGAAGUGGAUGACGAAGAAUUAGAAGACGUUGACGAUGAAGAAGAAGACGUCGAAGUGGAUGACGAAGAGGAUGAGGAGGCUGAGGAUGAAGAAGAGGAAGAAGACGUGAAUUCAGAAUCCGCUACUGACGUCGUCGUCGUGACUCCAGAAGUCGAGGACCCGAAGAAGAAGGCGACGAAGAAUUCGAUGGAUCGUAUUCUGACUCAAGAGGAUUUCAAGAAUAUUCGUGCUUAUCAGUUGAAAAAACAACUGAUCGGAGAGAAACGAUUGAAGAAACAAAUGGGAAAGGGACGAUCGAAUGCCGAUGAACAGAUUGUUGAGGACAUGGCUGAGAAGUUGGAGAUGAAACGCUCGACCGAUGGAUUGGCUCGUCUCUCCGACAUCGAGCACUUCUACAAGAAGAAACGACAGACAAAAGAGGAGAGAAUGGCUGAUAUUACUGCUGGAAGAGCCGAUGAGGACUACAAAUUCGGAAGACCAAAGAAAAAUGGUCCCCACGUCGGUCGUACGAAUGAACAGAAUUCGAAGAAGAAGGUAUUCGCAAUGGUCAAAAAUAAGGUCCGUGGCCGUAAUCGUCAACGAUCAUUCCGUGAUCAACAGAAGUCUCUUCGCAAUUAUUUGAUGCGACAGUCGGGAAGAAAACCACAAUAA